AUGCGCGUCUCCAAUUUGCGGCUGCCCGAUGGCAUGCGCAACUUCAGCAUGCGCUUGGCUUCAAAGAUUCCCCAUCCUCACCCGAGGCGCAUCAUGCUCUACAUAACAUUGACCGCCAUGAUGGUCGGCAUGAUUGUCACGUUUACGAUGUACGACAGCCUCUUCUGGAGUGGCAAGCCCAAGAACACCGGCUUCGAUCCUCUGCUCUCCCGAACCAACGAUUACCGUCUCCUCACGAGCAGGCGGAAUAACCUGGGCUUCUACAAUACCAUCAAUGUCAAGAAGACGGGCCAGAAGAUUAUGAAUCCUACCCUCCUUGAACUGCCAAAGGGUAGCAAGCAUGACUUCCUGGUCAUCGCCCGCGCUCCCCACGUCGACCAAGAUAUCAAGGGCAAGAAGUACAGACGCGCCCAGCAAGUCGCCACCUUUGUUAGCCUUACCUGGGAUGCGUUCGGCCGGCCCGAGCUCACUGCGGACAACGAUUGGCACAAGAUGCUCGUGGAGGACUUUACAGAAGAGCAAGGCCCCGAGCAUCACUGCAAGCACCAGCCCGAUAUGGAUAAAUACAUUGGUCCCGAGGAUAUGAAGCUCUUCUGGAGGAAGAACGGCACCCCGAUGCUUAUCUUCACCCACCAAGUCAACGACGAGAACCUCUGCGAGGGCAUGUACAUCGUCGACGCCCGCGCUGCUGUCCCUGAGCUUGUCAAGCAAAUGGGCAAGCACGCAAAGGGAAUACCACCCAUCGAAUUCGACAAACCCAUCCUUCUUCGACGCCAGCCCCCCGAGGGUGAGGAGUCCGCGGCUCGAUACCAACGCGAGAAGAACUGGGCUCCUGUAUACAACCCCUUCAGCGAUGACGACGACGAGAUGAUGUUUAUGGUUGAGCCUAGCCAGCUGUACAAAUUCAACUCCUCCGACUCGCCCGUUGAAGACAUGGAAGCCGACGCCGAGUCAGCCGUGGACGAGCCUUUCCCUCCCGACAAUGAGGGCGAGACAUGGCACUCCAGCAGCGCAACCUGCAUGAACGACGUCAUGCUCACCGACAAGCGAGUCCAUCAAUCGACACCCAUGCUGAGUCUGACUCUGUGCAAUCGCGGAACCUGCGAACCUGCGGCGAACAAUACAGUCAUUAUGGGCAUGGUACAGAUGCGCUACGACCCUCCUCAAUACACAAACACGUGGUACGACCACCGAAUCGUCGUUUACUCGCCCGUUGCGCCCUUCAACAUGAUGAGCAUCAGCAAGAAGCUCACCUACCAUGGUGAGACCAACAGCAAGUACAUCUGGACCGGGAGUAUGGUGUACCACGGCGACCAGCCAGCGCAGCGCAGUCACGGCUUCCUGGACGACGAGAUUUGGCUGAGCUUCGGCAUUGGCGACUCCGCACCUGGGUGGCUGGACAUCAAGGCAGAGGAGUUGGUGUUGGACCACUAUUUCUGCCAAAACGCAACAUCGGACUACCGAUCCAGCAUCAAGCAGCAUUCAUCAUGA